AUGUGCACGCCAUCGCAUCUGCCACACACGGCCAGCGCCAUGUCCAACACCGAAGAGCAGCCCAAGGACGUCGACAUGCUAGCGGAUGAGCAGGAGGAUGAGCUCGACCGUGACAAGAUCCGUCUUCUGCCGCAGGCUACCUCCGAGGACGGCACCUGUGCGUCCUUCCAGAUCACCGACGAGGAUCACACGCUCGGCAACGCGCUGCGCUACAUCAUAAUGAAGAACCCCGAAGUUGAGUUUUGCGGAUACUCCAUCCCUCAUCCCUCCGAGAACUUCCUCAAUAUCCGCAUCCAAACCUACGGCAAGGUCACUGCGGUCGACGCGCUGCACAAGGGGCUCCAGGACCUAAUGGACAUGUGCGACGUCGUAGAGGACAAGUUCACGCAGCGCAUUCGCGAGCUCUAG